CCUUGCAAAACUGCAUUACAGUGACACCGACCGCUUUAUCUUCACCCAAAAGUUGGGUCAAACACAACUUCUCUUCCUUCCCAAACCCACCAAUGAUCAAAACCCAAUCUUAUACCCUUCACCCUUCAUUCAAAUCUCUCUCUUUUUCACCUCCAUGGCAGCUCUCUGUGUAAACCAUCCUAAUUUUCGCUACAAAAACUGUUGUUCUUCACUUCAGCGACGGGAAACUAGGAGCAGGCACCGUCCCAGAUUCCUGGUGGUUUCAUCUUCUCAUAACAAUGAUGAAUCACUGGAGAGAUCGACAUCAAGUUCAAAGACAAAGAAAGAAGACAAGGAGAAGAGACAGUUGUUGUUUGGUCGGGUUUUGGGAAGUGUGCAGAAGCUUGGAAUAGGGUUGAAGGAAAAGAUAAGUCCACAACGCAAAGGUGAUUGGAAGGAUGUGAUGUUGAUGAGUUUAUCGUUUGCUGUUUAUGUUUACAUGUCUCAAAAGCUUGUUUGUGCAUACUGUGCUUGGAUGUCCAUGCUCAAACAAUCAUGGUAGGUUGGUUGAUAUUAAGCAACUGGCUAAUCAGCUCUCUGGGGUUUUCCUUUUUCUUUUUUCUUUUUAUUUUUUAUUUUCAACUUUGAUUAUUGUAAUUAUUGUUUGUUAUUUUGGGUUCAUUAUGAAGUUCUUUUUUAUACAAUUUUUGGUUUUAAAGGAA